UGCGUCAAGUUGUGUGCUCGUCGUUCCCAGCUCAGACGUGUACCGUCGUUCGUUCAUUCGUUAGAUCUUUCGUCGUAACGUGGCUUUUUUUUUACAGUGUCUAUUCUUAACGGUGUGUGUACUUUUUGGAAUGGUCCUGAGCGGAGGAUUGCACUAAUGGUGAAUGCAGCAGCAGCAGUAAUAGCGCGCGCGAGUGCUUUAGAGUUCUGAAGGGAAAAAAAAACAGACGGGUGGAAAAUCGCGUGUGCUUUUCGUGAUCAUUGCGUGACUACUGUUGGAUUUCUGGUUUCGGUUCAAUGAGUACUGAAGAAAACUGUGAAGUUAUGUGUUUGUGAUUCGAUCGAAGAAAUUAUCCAGAUAUAAAUUAAAAUUCGUGUGUAAUAAAAACAAAGCGUUACAAGAAUCGCAGUGAAAGUGAAAGUAAGUGCGAGCGGAAAGUGUCUUGAAACCGUGUUUUGUGUUCAAGUCCCUAAUGGAUCCUGUCGAACGGCAUUUACUGAAGUCAAGUGUUUCAAGUGUGUGCAAGCGAGGAGAAGAGUCGUAAAUUUUUCCCACUAAAACGAAAUCGUAAGUGUUGUGAUCAACACACACUGUCCAGAUCGUACCAUGGACGUCAAGUCACUGUCGGACGUGCAGAAGCAGAUCUUUCAGAACUUGGUCGAGAAGCUGAUUGCGCGAAACAAAUUUCCACCCAACGAGGCGGAAGAUGUUCAGAAGAUGCUAGAGAAUGUGCGUGAUGCGAAGAAUUUCCACAAAAUUAUGGAAAAGUUGAAAGAGUGCGGCCAACUGGACCUGGAUAUCGAGGAAAACUUCCGGGAAGAGAAUGGAUUUUUCCUCAAAGAUACCGCGAAAAAGUUUGGACCCGGCGGCCAAACGCUCACCCCGCGGCACACCAUCGACGCAAUACUAGGUUUGAAUCAUUGUGAAAAUGGAGGUGACUCCAGCGACGCAACGGACCUUAGUGCAUCGCCCCUCGGCCACAUCAAGGUGUGUGACCAGCAACAAAUGCUCGCCAAAAGUGCACCCCUUGGGAAUCAAUACCUUGGCAGCCCUUCGCCGGACAAGUUUCAGCAGCUGGCCAACUACCAGAACCACAUGAAAAGCCUGGACUUUGCUGCCUCCCUGGAUUCGGCUGCCCUGGCUGCCGCCGGUCACCACCAGUCACAUCACCCGGGGCUACACCCGCAGCACAAUGCACUGCCUUCGCACGCCGAACUGGAGUACAUGAAAUCGUUGAAGGAGAACAACAAGUACUUUAUCGAUAGGAACUACCGAGCCUCGCUCGGCUAUGGUAAUACCAAGUACGGCGGUGGUGGUGGAGGCGGUGGAGGAGGCCCUGGUAGCGAAGAUGGCAGCAGCACGGUGAACGACUACGAGGAUGACCUGUCGUCUCCCACGGGGGUGCCGAGUGGGGGCGGCGGCCUGAAGCGCAAGUACUCUGACAACGACGAUCACCUGCUGGACGGGGGCAGCGGUGGUGCGGGAAGUGGUGCGGAUAGCAAUCAGGUCGAGGGUUCCAUUAACAAAUACAGCAAGCUGCAUGACUCAGCUGAUAAAUCAAUUAAGGCUAAUAGUUUCGAUUAUAUGAAAAAUUUCGAUGAUUUACGAGCACGACAGGCGGCGUACGAUGCCGAGCAGCAGCUACAACAGCAUCACCAUCAGCAACAGCAACUUCAUCAGCAAGCGCUUCAUCAUCACCAUCAACAGCAACAGCAACAGCAGCAGCAACAAUCGCAAGCCCAACAUCAGCAGCAUAACGCUCAAUCACAGCAUCCACUUCAACAGCAACCUUCCCCUCAUCAACAGCAGCAACAGCAACAACAGCAUCUUGCCGCGGGGUCUUCGUCGGUUCAUGGUCCGUCGGCGGUGUCGGUGAUCGCCGGAGAGCACAGGUCUGAUGAUUACAGGCUUGGUGCGAGUGCCGGUACUGGUGCCGGCCCGGAAGGCGGACCGGACAAAUUGGGUGAGGACGGCGGUAUCAGUUAUGCUUCCAGCGAAGAGAUGAACCAAACGACGUCCAGCGAGCAAGGGGAGAAAAUAGGCUCCGGAAGUGACGAUGAAGGUGGCGACGAUAGCUGCUCGAAGAAGAAACACCGCCGCAACCGAACCACCUUCACCACCUACCAGCUGCACGAGCUGGAGCGGGCCUUCGAAAAAUCCCACUAUCCGGAUGUGUACUCGCGGGAGGAACUGGCGAUGAAGGUGAACCUGCCGGAAGUUCGAGUUCAGGUUUGGUUCCAGAACCGACGGGCAAAAUGGCGCCGGCAGGAAAAGUCUGAGAGUUUGAGGUUAGGACUGUCGCACUUCUCCCAACUGCCGCAUCGCCUGUCCUGCAACGGAGCGAACCUCCCAGUGGAUCCAUGGCUGUCGCCGCCGCUCCUAUCAGCUCUUCCCGGCUUCCUCUCGCACCCGCAGGGUGUCUACCCGAGUUACCUAACACCACCGCUUAGCCUGAAUCCGUCCAACCUGGGCAUGACCAACCUUGGCCUGGGCCAUCCAAAUGGACCGCAAAACCUCAGAAUAUCUCCGCAGGGAAUGGCCGCGAUGCAACAGCAGAUGAGCGGUCACAAUAUGCGCCUUUCCCCGCCCCAUCCCAACGGAGCCAUCACCCCGCAGAACCUCUCGAUGGCAACUCAGCAGCCGCUAACGCCACGCCACUCGCCACUCGGUGGUCCAACCCUGGGCCUAGGAGCCGCACAACCCCACCCAUCCCAGCCACCUCAGCUCGGCUCUGUAAAUAUACCCAUAACAUCACCCCAAAACCUUUCACUAACGCCACCUGGUUUAAGAUCGCCGCAAAGUUUAAGUAGCAGUAGCACCUCGAACAACAACACCAACCCACUCACUGGCCAUCCGCUAAGUCCCAACUCUUCGGACGCCUCGUCGCCCACUUCGUCGACGGGACUGAAAAUGGCCAAACUGGCCAAUCUAGACCAUCAGCCGGCACAAGACAGUAGUAGUCCACUGGAUGGCAGCAGUGCCAUCGAGCAGCAGCAACAGCGCCUCCUGGGAGCAUUGGGGUCUCAGGAUGGUGCCGGUGGUGGUGGUGGUGCGUCGGCCGGGACUGCCCUCAACAUGACUGUGAAUCACUCCACCGAUAUGAGGACCAACUCGAUUGCCACCCUGCGCAUCAAGGCCAAGGAACACCUGGAGAACAUCAACAAGGGCAUGACCACGAUGGUGUAAUACCCAGCCGCCGCGGAUGAUGUUGAUGAUGAUGAUGAUGAUGAUGAUGAUGAUGAUGGGGUGGUUUACCAUGGUGACAAUGUUUCCUAUCUUUCGUCAGUAGUAGUCCUAGUGUUACUCUGCUCCUAGCUAAGUUCAAAUUACCUAAACCUAAAUGAGCACAAGCGCAAAAUGAUCUCCCCCGAUGAUGGUAGCAGAUGAAAGUACUAAUUAGAUAACAAUUGCAUUUUAAGGAUAAAUUAUUUCUAACGAACCUGUGUAAAUACUACUCAAUAUGCUGGAAUAAAAGGCAAUCGCUCGAAUAGAUGUAGAGAAAUGGAAAACCGGCACUUUUUAAAUACGCUAAUGAAGUAGGAUUGAAGUUAACACGCUGACUAGUUGUACAUAUGUUAAGGCCAAAAUCUUCCCGUUUUGAGCAGUUUAAAGUAAGAAAAAAGAAGUGAUUCAAUGGAAAACGCACGAGCGAGA